AUGAGUAUAUCAAAUUUAGUUCGAUAUUAUUCAUUAACAUCAAGAUUAACUUGUAUAACAUCUAGCUCCUUACUACCAGUAGAAUCAAUCUACUAUGAUACUCGACGAUAUGCUGGACAUGCUCAUUGGCAAAAUAUUGCAAAAACUAAAGCUGCUAAUGAUCAAAUAAAAUCACGUGUGAUUGGAAAAUUAUCUAGUAAAAUUGUGACAGCUAUUCGACAGAAUGGUAAUGUCUCGGAUCCACAAUAUAAUACUGUAUUACGUGCAACAUUAGAAGAAUGUCGUAAAAAUAAUAUGUCAAAAGAAACAAUUGAUCGAGCAAUUAAACGAGCUAUUGCUCAAAAAGAUAAUAUGAAACAAGUUAUUUUUGAAUUUAUUGGUCCUGGUCGAGCUUUAUGUCUUAUUGAAGUUAUGACUGAUAAUCCGAAACGUGCAUUUAAUUAUUUAAAUAAAAAUGCAGCUAAAAUUGGUAUUCCUGAAAUAGCUAAAAGUGGACAAAUUGCUGAAUAUUUUGAUCAACGUGGUUAUGCAUGUAUUGAAAAAUCAAAUAUAAAUGAAGAAAAAGCUAUUGAAUUAGCUAUUGAAAUUAAUGCCGAAGAAGUUAUUUCAGCAAUUGAUGAUGAUGGUGAACGAGAAGUAUGGAAAUUUCUUGGUCCACCAACAUUUUAUGGACAAAUGAAAAUUAAUUUAACUCAACAUGGUUAUACAGUAACAUCUGAUGGUUCGGAAUUUAUACCUAAAGUAACUGUACCAUUAAAUGAACGUGAUAAAAUUCUAUUAAAACAAAUUAUUAAUAUGUUUGAAGAUCUUGAACAAGUUGAAGGUGUUCAUACUAAUGGUGUAUAA